AUGUCAGGUUAUGCAAGUGUUAAUGAAACGCCUCAUCUUGAAGACGAGGUAGAUGGCCAUUUCGGAUGGCUGGAUGCGAUUCGGGUGUUGUUUGGUGUCCUGUUAGCCUCACAACUAACUGUGAAAUGUGUGUCGGGAUACUGGUGGCUUCCAACUUUUGAUUGGUGGUCCCGAGUUGGCACAGCGGGUAUAGGGUUAGGCUACUGGUCUACACACAAUUAUACUAUCCCGUAUAACUUCACUUUACAGGAGUUGAGUCGGUUCUCAGGUGAUAACAGUAAGUCAAACGACCAACCAAUCUUAUUAGCAAUCAAUAGGACCGUGUUUGACGUUUCUUCGUCUCCCCGGUUCUAUGGUGCUUGGGGUGCUUAUAAGAAGUUUACAGGCACGGAUUGUUCCAACAAUUUCCAGUUCGGAAUAUUCGAUUACCAUGCGUAUAGUACUCCUUGCCAUUGGGACGUUUCUGGAUUUGACGAAUCGCAAAUGGCUAAACUGGCAGAAUGGUAUCGAUUCUUCGAAUCGAAAUAUCCCUCUGUCGGGAUGGUCAUAUUGGAAACUGAUAUAGAGGAUAAAAUUGUAACUUAG